CGAUCUCUGAAAAUCAAGCUCUCCAAUCAGCCACGUUGCAUCUAAGCUCUGCGUCAGGAGCAUCACUCUCCACGCCAUCAAACUUGCCCGACUCUUCCAUACCUAUUCAGGUUCCGCGGGCAUUCAUACCCCAAGCAGGAGCACCGAUGGAGGGUCCUUCUGUUCCCACGAUGCCAGGCGCAUUCAAUAUCGCACCCGUCUCCUUGGAUAGCUCCACGGCAUCUGCGGCCCCAGGAAGGUCAGUGUCCUCAGGCGUUCCUCUUUCCAGGACUAUGCAUUCAGCGCCAGUGGGCGCCAAUCAUUCACCAGACACUCCCAUAGGCCCACUGGACCCUGCAACACAUUAUACUUUCCACCGGGGCGUUCUGUCUGCCCUAACUCGGAUGACCGUUCCCGGCACGUCGUCCUCAUACCCGGCCUCUUCAGCCACUUCUGCGACGCUGUCCGGCAUCAUGGUCCCGACCGAGCCAAGGGAGACGAUCGACCAGGUCGUGCUUCGCCGGUGGCUGCUCCUCCUGCCUACAUUUCUCCUUCUAGACACGUCAACUCACCCUGCACCUUCGGGCCUUCUCUCCUGGCAACUCGGUCUUCACUCCCUUAUCUCCCUCAUGCUUGCCCUCCACGCCCAGGAUCAGUUGGAAUGGGAUACUAUGAACGCUGCGAGCCGGGCGCUGGCUGAGUGUUGGAGUAUCAGCCUGUGCUGGAACGGGAUGGAAGCGGCGAAGGGCGUUGUUCAAAGUGCUGGGGGCCGGUUGAAGGCCGUGCUUGAUAAGGACGAUCCGACCAGAUACAAGGGGAGGCUGCUGUACCCCGUUGAGGGGUAGGCUACCAAUUUUGUAUCGGUACUAUGUUUUGUGAUGUCUUUUCUUUUUGGGUCUAUAGGCUCGUGUAUAUG